GUUGCGCAACUGCUGUUGACUAUUGUCGAGUCGAGAACUCAACGUCACACCCUUGGAACUACCUUGAUUUUCAAGCACUAGAGAUCCAACGACUCAGAAUCACGCCGAGUAUUUGGUAAAUCAUGGACAAAUGGAAGAAGCGUCUGUCCAGUGCCAUCGACCAAGGCCGAGCUGCAUUAGACAAACGCAACUCUCAAGGCACGGCUUCAUCUUCGAACUAUCCUGGACAGCAGCAACCCAUUCAAGGCAAUCCUCCACCCAACGCACCACAAGGACAAUCAGCCGGCCCUCCUCAAGGUCAAGAUCAACCGGUACAAGCAAAUCCGGGCUCUGGGCCUAUCAUCCCCAAAACGAAACGUGAACCCGAACUCUUAGGCUUGGUCGGCGACCCAAGUCUCAAUCGCGACAGCGGAGGUUCUGUACGAUUUGGCGAUCGGCUCUUAUGGACUUACCGCGAUACUCAGUUGUGUAACUCUGAUGGCAGCGUCAAUAUGCUCCCGAUCAUAACCAGUACAGCUUCUUGGUCCGACUACGAGUCCGACGGAAGGCCAAAAAUCGAGCGUGGCAGAGAUCCACUCAACUCUGUUGUUCUCCGACAAUAUGGAAAGAAUGGCCACGAUGAGAGCUUUUUCCCGUCGCCUGGUAAACAUCUUUGUCAUUCGCCGGCGGGCAACAGGGACGAUGGGACGCGAAUUGCGCUGUGGCCUAAUCAGCCACCUCUCGUGACGUCCGAGACUAGUGAUGGGAAUAUUACGGCAUAUACUUGGGUACCUGCAGCUCAUAUCAAUCAAAGUCUUGGCGUAGAGACGGAGAACCCUUCGACCAUACUCUACAAGACGGAGUAUCAUCCUUCUCGCUUCCAUGGCCGAGAUAGUCUGCCCAAGACCAAGAUCGUAGCUGAGCAAUUCUGGAGGCAAGGCGAGAUCGCGUACGGUGCCUACGGAACGCUUGUCCACAAUGGAUAUGCCUGGCUGUGGGGACAAUGGGACCACAAGACCGCGCUGGCUCGCGUCCAACCUCAUGAAGUGGAGGAUCGUGGUGCGUAUGAGUACUGGGUCCACGGUCAAUGGACACGGGAUAUGCCAAAGCUUGGCCAAGAUGGAGUCGAGAUCCAGAAUGCGAAUGCCGGAGGCCAAGGCACGUAUUUCUUCAACAAGCAUUGGAAUGCUUACACCUGGAUUGGAGGUGAUAUCUUCCCAGGUGCUGAGACGUAUGUCUGUACUGCGCCUGAGCCCCAAGGACCUUGGUCACAGGCUGUGCAAAUCUACACAGGCCCUCGUGGCAAUCAUGCUCUCGGAGCAUAUUCUGUCCAGGCACAUCCAGAUAUGGUGCCGAGAAGUUCAACCAAGAAUGAAAUGUACAUUACGUACACCAAAAAUGAUGAGGCGCAAAAAGGAGAGAUUGCUGGGUAUACUACGCCCUUGGUUUAUGUUGAGUUCGAGUGA